GGUUCGCAGAUUCAAUCUGACUAAGUACACAACGAUUUGCAAUAGGCACAGACAAUCAAGCACACUCAAUGCUGUACCUGCUCUUUGAAUUCGCCUUAUUGGCAACUACACCAAACAAUAAUAGUCUUCCAGGCGCUGGAACCCGCUUGCCUGCUCCAUCUCUCCAUCGUUCCUUCGCUGCGUCUCUCCAGAAUGUCCGUUCAUCCCAGUCAUCUGCUGAAUCCGAUGGAGCUAAUAAAAGAAGAAUGGGUGCUGUCAAACAUAGCCAUUUCAAAGGGCUUGCGCUUCGUCCCGAUGAAUGGGCUAGAGGUUUGUGGCCAGGAGGAGAAAUUCCAUACGAAAUAUCACCAAGUUUCACUUAUCAAGAACUAAGUCUCAUCCAGUGGGCGAUGAUCGCAUUCCACAAGCACACAUGCAUAAGAUUUCGGCCGCGAACUCCAAAUGAUAUGUAUUAUUUGUCAAUCUCUAAAAAUUAUGAUAGAGGAUGUUGGAGCGAUGUCGGUCGAGCUACAACGGGUGAUUCUCGUACACCUGAGGGCAAGUUUAAAACGGAAACUACUUUCCAAUCUGAUUGCUUGAAUCGACAAAGUGUGAUUCAUGAACUAAUGCAUAUCAUCGGCUUUUAUCACGAGCAUCAAAGAGAGGAUCGCGACCCACGUAUUAGUGCAGGUCGACACAACCCAGAUGCUUCGAUGGAUUACUGGACUAGUAUCAACCAAGCACACUCAAUGCUGUACCUGGUCUUCGAAUUCGCCUUACUGGCAACUGCAGCAAACGAUAAUAGUCUUCCAGGCCCUGGAACCCACUUGCCUGCUCCAGCCGCCUCUCUCCAGGAUAUCCGUUCAUCCCAGUUGUCUGCUGAGUCCGAUGGAGUUCAUAAAAGAAGUGUGGGUGCUGUCAAAUAUAGCCGUUUCAAAGGGCUUGCGCUUAGCCCUAAUGAAUGGGCUAAAAGUUUAUGGCCAAGAGGAGAAGUUCCAUACGAAAUAUUACCAAAUUUCACCUUUCAAGAACUAAGUGUCAUUAAGUGGGGUAUGGACGCUUUUCACAAACACACAUGCAUAAGAUUCCCGCCGCGAACUCCAAGUAAUAUGUAUUAUUUGUCAAUCUCCAAAAAUUAUGAUAGAGGAUGUUGGAGCGACCUCGGUCGAGUGACAACAGAUGAUGCUCGCACAUCUGAUGGCAGGUUCAAAACGAAGACAACUUUCAAAUCUGAUUGUUUAAAAAGACAGGCGGUGCUUCAUGAACUAAUGCAUAUCAUAGGCUUUUAUCACGAACAUCAAAGAGAGGAUCGCGACCCACGUAUUACUACAGGCCCACCACACCCAGAUCCCUCGAUAGAUUACUGGAAUCGUCACAUUCUCCCGAGAACUUCUGCGCAUUACAUGGGUAAAUACGAUCCGGAGUCUGUCAUGCACUACCGAAUGCUUAAUUUCAAAAACUACGAACGAGAGUUUUUCUCCCAGUCGGACAUUGACAACAUUAACAAAUUGUAUAAGUGCCCGCAGACGUACAAAAGGUCUUGAUACUAUAAUUACUCUAAGCUAUAAUGAGUCGAUUCAUCUGUAAACGGUCUGUUUAGUAAGCCUUCCUUAAAAUGUUGAUAUGGUAAUCUUGGUGUUCCUUUCUUGCACACCUAUACUUUUAUUAUUUUUUUUCGAAAUAAAGGAAUAAAUGAGCGUUUAAGUCA